AUCACGCAGGCUUUUGACUGAAGAGGUCUUAAUUAUCCAACUCUAAUUAACCACAAGAGGUCACUGUAGAGCUGAUAGAAGGCAUGCUACGGUGGCCAAAGCCUUUUGAUCAAAAAUGUGUCCUAAAUGUUAGAACGUGCACACCAGACCAGAAGCAAAUUAAUUUCUUUUUAUUAUCCGUGGCAUGACGCAUAGGGCUAAAAUAACGACUCAUGCAAAUUAGAGGACUGCGAGUGAAAUUACGCGCAGAUGCUAUCAGUGAGCGUAUAGUGCGUCGGAGAGUAGGGCAUACUCAGAGUAGGAGUGUUAAGGUGGCGAUGUGACCAAGUGUCGAGGUAAACCGCUACUUCCAUGAGCGACUCACAUGAAAAACGACUAUUUGGCUUGUCCGUCCAACAAUGCCGUAUCCUAUUCGGGAGGGGACCCACUUGAGCGCGCACGGAGACAAAGUUCUGGAGUGCACACUGGAGAUGGAUAUUAUUAACCACGGGGCGCACGGAGCUCCCAAAAUGGAUUGUGUGAACUGCGAAGGCUUUAUUAAUGGAACAAUCGAGGGAUCGGAGGUGUCUGUCCCUCUGUCAAUUCCAGGCAAACGGACCAAUCCAAUAGAGGGAGACGACCUAUACAGACUACGAGACAGAAAGUUCCUGUUAGAAGACAAAAAACGUCUGUGCGCUUGGGCCCUGGCCACCGCUCUUCUUGGGAUACUUCUCAUGAUCAUCCACGCAGAGAUGUGCCCCGCUGUCUACCAUCCAGGCUCAAAAAGUGCCUUGUUCAUCAAUGGAGCCAUCAGCCUGUCCACUGGGUGUCUCCUAAUCUUUAUUAUUGCUUUCCACUAUAAGGAUAUUAGGCUGUUCAUCAUUGACCAUAACCAGGUGGACUGGCGCAUUGCUAUGACCAGUCACCGUGUGUUUGUGAUCACACUGGAGCUGCUGGUGUGUGCGGUGCAUCCUGUGGGGGCGUACUGGGAGAUCGGCCUCUCGUACAACUCCUCAAACUCCUCCAUUGCCCCCCUGUGCGUGACGGGACACUUUGGACACGGCUUCAUGAACCUGGAACUGUUCUUGUCUGUUUUUAUGUUUCUGCGGUUAUACCUGGUGCACAGAGCCAUACUUCUACACAGCAAAGUGCUACUGAGCGCCUCCUACAGGAGUAUUGGGUCACUGAACAACAUCAACUUCACGUUCCGCUUUGUCCUCAAGGUGCUCAUGAACAAAUACCCAGCCCGCACCCUGCUGGUUUUCAUCUUGCUUUUCUGGCUCACUGCGUCCUGGAUGCUCACCCUGUGUGAAAGGCAAACCAGGGCAGCAGCGGACCACAUGAACACGGCCCUAUGGCUCAUCGCGAUCACUUUCCUCACUGUGGGAUACGGAGACGUGUCGCCAAACACGGGCUGUGGCAAAGCGGUCUGUCUCCUCACCGGUGUCAUGGUAACAGCACAAACAAACUGUGCUCAGGGUGUUGCUUGCACUGCCAUGUUGGUUGCUGUUGUCACUAAAAAACUGGCUCUAAACAAAGGAGAGAAGCAUGUACACUUCUUCAUGCUGGAUAUACAGAUCUCAAAAAGGAUUCGCCAUGCUGCUGCUAACGUGCUCAGAGAGUGCUGGCUGUUGCACCGUGCAAACCUGAGUAAGGGGAACCGUGGGGAGCAUCGGAGGCACCAGCGCUGCCUCCUGGAAGCUAUUCGAAUAUUCCGCCAUUUAAGACUUAAACAGAGGAAAUUAAGAGACUUUGCCAGUGAAAUGGUGGACCUCCCAAAGAUGCAGAUGAUAAUGUGUGACCUAGGCGCUAACUGGAAUAACUCUUAUCGGGAGCUGGAGCAGCGGAUACUGUCCAUGGAGCAGAAGCUAGACGAGCUCCACCACUCCUUCCAACAGACAUCUGAGCUGCUCUCUCAUUUCCUGCGACAGCGUUCACCAGAGAUCAGGUGACAGGGCUGAGUGAGUGAAACAAUGGAGAAUGAGUGGGUGACCCCACUGCACAGGGGUGGCUGAACAUGCUGAACCACUUGAAAGACUGGCAUCCCGACCAAAGAUCUCAUCUUCUGGCCCAGUGUUCAGCACCAUGACUCACCACUGUAGAAUUACACAGAGAACAGUGAAGGAAUCAUAGGGCAUUUGAUUGAUUUCCUGUGUGUUUUUAAUCAGUUGUACAAAGUAUUUGUGACUAAGCCUCUCGUGAACUGAACUCAGCUGUUGGUUUCUGAGAUUUGGAAGGCUUCAAGGUUAACAAUUUUGUCCAUAUGUAUUCCUAUGGAAUAAGAAAUUAUUUUUGUUGUACAGUAUUUUAACUAUUGCCUCUGUUGAGCUGUGUUUAAUUCAUUAAAUAACUCAAGAUUAUUUUUAAGAUUAAAUCAAAAGGUCAAAAAAAAAAAAGUCUUAUAGUCUUAUUGUGCCAUCACGUUUUAUUGAACCAAAUGUACACGUCUUUACAAAUGAUAAUAAUCCAAGUUUUCGUUAGACAUGUGCUCCCUCUGCUGGACAUAGUUCAUAGUUUUGUUAAUUCCGUAAUUUGAAAUGUUAAACAAAGUGAUGUAAUGGCACUUAAUAUAGUACUUACAUACAUGCAUCUUUUAGAUAGGUGUAAUACAAAAGCUGAAGACAGUCAAAUGUAAUGCAAAGGUAAGGCAUUGACUGCACAAUUCUACACAGUUCUUGCACAGUUCAGCUUUAUUAGGCCUAUGUGUUGUAUUGAGUUUUGCCUUUGUUGUACCUAUAUGAAAUUUUUCCGUGUUUAAGUUUAAAGUUACAAACUUAUUGAUUGUCUAUUGAUCAAACUGGGAAACUUGUAUUAUCAGCCAUGGCCAUGGAGGGUUACAGAUUAAGUGUAGUACCUGUGUUUACUUAUGUAAGAGUCAGAUAAGUUAUUAUUAUCUUUUCAGUCAAAACAGUCACAGUAAUUUAUUGAUAAUACAUUACUUAAAAAUGCCAUACUCAAUGCCUACAAAUAGGCCAGUUGUUCCAGUUAGUUUUAUAUUUCCGAGUGAACAUUACUGCAAACCUU